AACCUGCCCAUCUCAACCAAAAGAGCUCCAAGUCUUGUACUUCAACUUCAGAACUUUCAAUUGUCAUGGCCUCUGAAAAGUGCCUCAAGCCUUGUGAGCAAACCAACCCCUGUGCCCAGCCCACAAACUAUUACCAAAAGACCACCGCAACUUAUGCAUGCCAUGACAAGCCCAAACCCAUUCAUCAUGAACACUCUCUCACUGGCAUAGUGAAGGAGUUGGCCCAUUCCGCCACCAAGAUUUUCCACCAUGAUGACCAUCACGGACACGCUGCACAUAAUGGAUACUAUGCUCAAGGUCAAGGACACGCUGCACAUAAUGGAUACUGUGCUCAAGGUCAAGGCCAAGGCCAUGGCCAUGGACACUCUGCUCACAGUCAUGGCCAUGGACACUCUGCUCACAGUCAUGGCCAUGGACACUCUGCUCACAGUCAUGAGCAUGGACACUCUGCUCACAGUCAUGAGCAUGGACACUCUGCCCACGGUUAUGGGUAUAAACAUACAGCCAAUUACUCGACUGGUGCUGCUCAUGGAGGUCUGAACGGAUACACUACGAAUAACGGAGGGCAAAGCUUGCAAAAGUCACAUGAACACAAGAAGCUGAUGAAGCAGAGGGAAAACAAGCUUAGUGGCUGCAGCAGUGAGAAUGGAAGCAGCAGCGAGUGCGAGUUCGAGUGCGAGUGCGAGUUCGAGACACUGAAAAAGACGUACUGAGAGAAGACCGCCUGUCCUAAUCAGGACAUCCAAGUGCACCACUAUAUAUACUAAUAAUAAAUAAGACAAAUGAAGAGAAUCUGAUCUCUGCUUGCAGUGUGUGUAAUAUUAUUAAAUAAUCCGCAGCUCUAAUCUAGAGCGUCUGAUGAUGAUCAUCAUGUACUAAGAUACCUUACAGCUUUAGACAGUUGUGGGAUCUUAUGAACUGUAUCUGUAUUUACUUCCAAGAACAUCCGUACCUAUGUUCUAUUAUGUUUUUAAUAAUUAGUUUUAA